ACUGUAUGUCGACGUCACAUCACAUAUCUUGUUGGAAGGUCCCAGCAGUAACAUAGUAGCGCCCAACGGGACAUCUGCAAAGGGCGAGAGAAUAUGGAUGACGACGUAUUAACAACUUUGAAGAUUUUAAUUAUAGGAGAAAGCGGUGUUGGAAAGUCGAGCCUUCUUUUAAGAUUUACAGAUGACACCUUUGACCCAGAUUUGGCUGCGACUAUUGGAGUCGACUUUAAAGUGAAAACUAUUGCGAUCGAUGGGAACAGGGCCAAAUUAGCAAUAUGGGACACAGCAGGCCAAGAGAGAUUUAGGACUUUAACGCCCAGCUACUAUCGAGGUGCACAAGGAGUUAUCCUGGUGUAUGAUGUUUCGAAGCGAGACACUUUUACCCGCCUGGAAAACUGGCUGAAUGAACUGGAGACGUACUGUACACGUAACGAUCUUGUGAAAAUGCUGGUUGGAAACAAGAUAGACAAGGGAAAUCGGGAAGUAGACAGAAAUGAAGGCCUUAAGUUCGCUCAUAAACAUCAAAUGCUGUUCAUAGAGGCGAGCGCUAAGACGCGUGACGGUGUACAGUGUGCCUUUGAGGAGCUGGUGGAGAAGAUCCUACAGACCCCCGGCUUAUGGGAGAGUAGCAUGCAGAGCCAGGGUGGUGUGCAACUGGACCAAGGCCAGACCGCUGGCGGCGGAGGCAGCUGUGGGGGGUACUGCUCUGUCCUUUAAACCACCAUAAGCACCACGCAACCCUAAUGUCCACCCAAAACAAAACCGAUAAACUGAGUUGGAACGCACGUCGCGUCUCUCUGCCCCCAUCUCCUUUGCCCCCGAUUGGGGGUCUGGGGGAGUGGCUGCUUUCGCCAUGAAGAGUCAGAGUGGGGUGCAGGGGAGGGGCUCUACUCUUUGCACACUUCACACCAAGUACAUCAUGUUGUAUGGGCCAUGUUUAAAUGUGCUUCUCUUUGUAUGUGCUAUUUAAAAAGGAAAACAGGCCUUUGUAUUCUAUGCUCUUCUGCUUCGUGCAAAAUAUAUCAUGUACAACAUUUUCUCAGUUGUCCGUCUGUAUCUGCAGUAUCAUCUGUGGACAUGUCGCUAGGUUCAUCUCUGGUGUCUCUUGUACACGCAGCCUUUUCCAUGCAAUCCUGUGGCCAGUGAGAGGAGGGACUGGGGAGGCAGUAGACAGGAAUUUUUAGGUCAGGUGAUGUCACUGCAGAGAUGCACCCCUCACUUUCUAGGAGUCUGAUUCUCUUGUCAUGUGUUAAUUUUUUUCGUGUCAGCAUUGGAAAACAUUUGCCUUAGUCUGUGUAGUUUGCCUGUCCUCUUCCUGGAAUUUUCAUUUGUUGAUGAACUGGGCAAGCACACAGACCAGCUGUUUUUAAUUUCUUCUUUGUUUUUUUUUCUAUCUACUUUGCUGAGUAUGCCUCUUUUAUGCUAUGUUCGAAACCUAUAUUGUCCUUUAAAAGAAAGUAAUGUUUGUUUGGCGCACAUUCUUGUUCUUCAGGACUGAGAGAUGAAGUAUUACAAAUACCUCUGUCAAGUCAUAUAGGGAAAAUAUUAGCACUCCAGUAUUAUGGAAGAUGGCCUCAACAAAAUGGCUUUCCUAGAUAAAUAAUAUUGGUCUCUUUUCUGGAUUUAUUACACAUUGGCGAAAUUGAUGAUGUAUAUUAAUCGGGCUUCUCCUCUUUAUUUGAGUCCUUUUUGUAUAAUUUUGUUUUGUGACUUUUAGUUGAACUAUCUCUUCAUACUUGAUUCUUUAAGAGGAUCCCUGGCUAUUAAGAUAUGUUGGCUUUAUAAGACUGGCUUUGGUAUCAUCUGCCUAAAUGUCAAAAACACUAAAUCGUUUUAGUCAUAAGGUACCACUGGUGUGCAAAGUGACAUCGUCUGGUUCCAAGUACGAAUGCAGGCUCAGUCAAAGUGCAGCAGUCAAGCUGUUAUUACCCAGAUGCCAUUCAUAACCAUGGUGUCCAUUUUGCACAGAAAGCAUGCAUUGUGAUGCAAAUGCAAUGGCAGAUUACAAGUUCUGCAAAAGGUGGCAAUUUCUAAUAUUUUUUUAUCUACCAAUUAUCUUAUCACAUUGAUGUACCAAUGAUGGGAUGGUACCAAUGUGAGUCUUAAAAUAUCAACAUGUCUUACUAUCCAGUGGUGAUUUUAAACCAGUUAUGCCUUAAUGUUUGACGUGGCCACUUCGGUCACAUUUCAUUUGUAAUAUAGGAAACUCCGUGUUAAUAUAACUGCUGUGCUCCAAUUGCAUAGCCCAAAUACAAAGAAACAUGUUUUAAGACAUUUCAUAGACUGGUGAGGUGAUUUCUUUGUCUCUUUUUAAACAGAUAUUGGAUAUGUCUUUGCCCCCUUGAGGAGUUUGGACAAAUAUGGAGUCACCAGCAAUCUCUGGUUUCCUUCGGCAAUGUUGUAGUACUUGCCUUGGCCUAUCAAAGAAAGGUAUUGAUUUAACCAUUCCUGUAUACUAUAUAUAUGAGUUGACGCACUAGACCACCUUUUAUUUUGCAAUAAAACGUGUGAUGUUCAUGACAAACAGUUAGUUUGGAAUUGACUCUGGAUUCUCUAUUGUUUAUUAUGCAAUUCAAAUGGUCCUCCUUGUGCAGUUAGGCUGUAGUCCAUAUAAGGUAGCCAAGUGAAUUUAGAAGUGGUCACCACUGAAUUACAGGUUGAAGAAUCAAUAAAAUGUUUUUUUUUUUUUUUCAAUGUUUGAAAGUCAAAAUAGUAUUUUGUUUAGUUGUUUCAUUGAAUACAGUUGUUUAGAUCCUUAAGUUACAUAUUAUUGCGUUUUACAUUAGGCAGAUGCUUUUAUACAAAGCGACUUACAAUUGAUGACAUAAUCAUAGCAUACAACACUUGCAGAUACAAAGUGCACAUGAAAUAAACAGAACAAUGGGUGCAAAUGCAAA